CUGAGCCUUUGCGGGCUGAGCAGGCCCGGGCCUUUCCCUGCAGCCCAGCAACCCUGGCUUUGCUCCAGACUUGGCCUGGGUGACAUCAUCAAACUCCUCCGAUCCGCAGGAGGGGCCCCCGAAAUCCCCUAAAAACAUUGUGAGUAAUCGCCGGGCCCGCCCUCCAGGCGGGGCCCAGACCGAGGGGAGAACCAAGCCCGGCCGCCCCGCCUGGGGCCUCCGGACGAGAAGCUUCUCGAUCCCCGGCGCAACGAACAGUUGCACCCAGCCCGCGGCGACGGCGUGCGACCGGCCUCCCGGAGCUCUGCGCACGCUGGUUACCAACCCCUCGAGGGGCGGCGGCGGCAGCGGCAGCGGCGCGGUGCGCAGGCGCGGCCGAUUCCCGGCAGUGACGCGACGGCGGGCGCGCGCGGCGCAUUUCCGCCCCUGGCGAAUGGCUCGGCUGUAGUGCUCGUUGCGGGCCCAGUUGCGACCCCGGCCCCGCCCCCGGGACCCUGGGACCCCGGCCAUGGACGACCUGUUCCCCCUCAUCUUCCCCUCCGAGCCAGCCCAGGCCUCCGGCCCCUAUGUGGAGAUCAUCGAGCAACCCAAACAGCGGGGCAUGCGCUUCCGCUACAAGUGCGAGGGCCGCUCAGCGGGCAGCAUCCCAGGCGAGAGGAGCACGGAUACCACCAAGACCCACCCUACCAUUAAGAUCAAUGGCUACACGGGGCCAGGGACAGUUCGCAUCUCCCUGGUCACCAAGGACCCCCCUCACCGGCCUCACCCCCACGAGCUCGUAGGGAAAGACUGCCGGGAUGGCUACUAUGAGGCUGAGCUCUGCCCGGACCGCUGCAUCCACAGCUUCCAGAACCUGGGGAUCCAGUGCGUGAAGAAGCGGGACCUGGAGCAGGCCGUCCGCCAGCGCAUCCAGACCAACAACAACCCCUUCCAAGUUCCCAUAGAGGAGCAGCGCGGUGACUACGACCUGAAUGCGGUGCGGCUCUGCUUCCAGGUGACAGUGCGGGACCCGUCAGGCAGGCCCCUCCGCCUGUCGCCUGUCCUCUCUCAUCCCAUCUUUGACAACCGCGCCCCCAACACAGCAGAGCUCAAGAUCUGCCGAGUGAACCGAAACUCUGGGAGCUGCCUCGGUGGGGAUGAGAUCUUCCUGCUGUGCGAUAAGGUGCAGAAAGAGGACAUUGAAGUGUAUUUCACGGGACCAGGCUGGGAGGCCCGAGGCUCCUUUUCACAAGCUGAUGUGCACCGACAAGUGGCCAUCGUGUUCCGGACACCUCCCUACGCCGACCCCAGCCUGCAGGUCCCCGUGCGCGUCUCUAUGCACCUGCGGCGUCCUUCUGAUCGGGAGCUCAGCGAGCCCAUGGAAUUCCAGUACUUGCCAGACACAGAUGAUCGUCAUCGGAUUGAGGAGAAACGCAAAAGGACCUACGAGACUUUUAAGAGCAUCAUGAAGAAGAGUCCUUUCAAUGGACCCACUGACCCCCGACCUCCGCCCCGGCGCAUUGCUGUGCCUUCCCGCAGCUCGACUUCCAUCCCCAAGCCAGCUCCCCAGCCCUAUCCCUUUACGCCGUCCCUCAGCACUAUCAACUUUGAGGAGUUUUCCCCCAUGGUCUUUUCUGGGCAGAUCCCAGGCCAGACCUCUGCCUUGGCACCAGCACCCACCCCAGCCCUGGCUCAGGCACCAGCCCCUGCCCCAGCCAUGACAUCAACCCUGGUUCAGGCUUCAGCCCCUGCCCCAGUCCUAGCCUCCAGCCUUGCUCAGGCUAUGGCCCCGCCUGUCCCCAAGCCCACCCAGGCAGGGGAAGGGACACUGACAGAGGCACUGCUACAGCUGCAGUUUGAUGCUGAUGAAGACCUGGGGUCCCUGCUGGGCAAUAGCACUGACCCAGCCGUGUUCACAGACCUGGCAUCGGUUGACAACUCCGAGUUUCAGCAGCUGCUGAACCAGGGCGUAUCUAUGGCUCCCCAUGCAGCAGAGCCUAUGCUGAUGGAGUACCCCGAGGCCAUAACACGCCUGGUGACAGGGUCCCAGAGGCCCCCUGACCCAGCUCCCAUUUCCCUGGGGACCUCUGGGCUCCCCAACGGCCUGCUCUCAGGGGAUGAAGACUUUGCCUCCAUCGCAGACAUGGACUUGUCAGCCCUUCUGAGUCAGAUCAGCUCCUAAAGAGGGGACACCUGCUUUACCCAGAGCACUGGGUUGCAGGAGAUUGAUUGAAACCCUCCCAAAGCAAGCACUUAAUGGAAUCGGGGGAUGUGUGUUCCAGCUAUCCUCAACUUCUUUGGGUGAUGACUUAGUGGUGAGGGGGGGGUGCCUUUUAUUCUUUUACUGGCAGUAUCUAUCUCAUUAUGGAGGUGCUUAAGUAGAAGCAUUAACGUCUCUGGAAAUGGGGAAGCUGGGAGAAGUCAGACUCCUCCUUCCCCUAUCCUGAUGUUCAGCUCCCUUCUUUCUAUAGGGAAUUCUGGAGCCCCCCACUCCCACCCUCCAGCUUUUAGUACUCUCUUAGAGGGUCAGGCUGGAACUACGGCCUUGGAAGCCACAAAGCCUUAUUAUUAAGUGUCUUCCUUAAAUCAUGGGUUCAUUUCCACUUGAGCCAAAAUAAUGCCCCUGUCACCAGCUCUUCUGUGGUGCUGGCAUUGUUCUCGUGCCUAACACCAGCAUUGGAGGGGCUGGACUUGGUGCCCUGCUGAGGUCUCUGCCAGCUCCCUCCUUGCUCAGCUGUGGCUGAAGAGUGGCUGGACAGGUCUGGCCCUCUCAAGGCAAGAUCCAGGAUGUUGAGUCGGAGGCUUCUGUUCCCUCUUUUUACAAGUGCCUUAGGGUGAGUUGUUUGCAGAAUCAGCGGGGCCAGCAGGCUGGCAGUUCUCCAGUCAAGAGGCUCAGUUUUUACUGAAGAAUCAAAGCAGUUUCAUUCUUGCUCUAUCUGUUCUGAACUAAUAAAUUUGUUGCCAAGCCUA